AUGAAGAUUCGCGAUGGAAUGUGGCACACGGCUGAGGGCAUGUCUGUCAGCUACGCCGAAGAAAUAUACGAGACAACCUCAACACCGCGCGGUAUCCGGCUGCUGUGCCCGACGGGUAAGACCCGGUCCCGCGGCGACACUCUCAACCAGCCGACUGUGACGCUCACCAUCGAGGCCGAGUCUGAUGGAAUCGUAUCAGUGGAAGUUGUGCACUGGGACGGUGAACUGCGCCGCGGCCCCAACUUCGAACUGUUCCCUCAUGGCCGGCUGGCAGUCGAGGCAGUGGUGACCAAAGACGCACUGAGCACGACCGUGGCAUCGGGAACGGUGGCCGCAACGGUAACAACGAAUAACGAGGACGGUUCCCGAGCGUUUGGUAUCCGUUUCCACCCGGUAGCAGCAGGUGAGAGUCGGCGCACUCUGACUUCUCUCAGCCACCGAAGCGUGGGCUUUGCAAUUAGUCCGGCCAUAUCGAACCCGCAACAAAUAGAGACUAUGAGUGACAAGACGCACUACAUCUUCUCGCAGACGGACCUCGGCGUGGGAGAGUCUAUUCACGGACUGGGCGAGCGAUUCGGCGGGUUCAACAAGGUCGGCCAGCAGGUACAACUCUGGAAUGCAGACGGUGGCACCAGUAGCGAGCAGGCCUACAAGAACAUCCCCUUCUGGUUGAGUUCACGUGGGUACGGAGUGUUCCUUGACACGCCCGAUCGCAUUGAGCUCGAGGUUGGUAGUGCGCGCUGUUCUCGCGUUGAGGCACUUGUGCGUGGUCAACGCCUCAAAUGGUAUCUGAUUUACGGACCUACUCCGCGUGACGUGCUGCACCGAUACUCUUUGCUCACUGGCCAGCCAAACAUUCUGCCGCCCUGGAGUUAUGGCCUCUGGCUUAGUACUAGCUUCACCACAAACUAUGACGAAUCCACCGUCCAAAGCUUUCUGAGUGGCAUGCGUGACCGCGGCAUGCAGGUCGAUGUCUUCCACUUUGACUGCUUCUGGAUGCGUGCCUUCACAUGGACUGACUUUGUUUUUGACUCGGAGCGCUUUCCCGACCCGGCCGGGCAAAUUGCGCGCCUCAAGGCUUCGGGCCUCUGCCGCAAAGUCUGCGUCUGGAUUAAUCCAUACAUUGCUCAAAACGGGGCCGCUUUCUCCUAUGCUGCCGAAAAGGGCUACUUGUUGCGCCGUCCCAAUGGGGACAUCUGGCAAUGGGAUAUGUGGCAGGCAGGUAUGGGACUUGUUGAUUUCACCAACCUAGACGCAUGUGCAUGGUAUGCAGCCAGCCUUGAGAAGCUGUUCGACAUUGGUGUUGAUGCUAUCAAAACCGACUUUGGCGAGCGCAUUCCCACACGCGACAUCCAGUGGCACGACCGUUCCGUUGACCCUUCCCGGAUGCACAACUACUACACGCUGCAAUACAACCGUGUUGUCUAUGAGGCCCUAAUUGCUCGUUUCAGAACCGGCCAGGGCGUCCUAUUUGCUCGAUCCGCUACAGCCGGGACGCAACGCUUCCCCCUGCACUGGGGCGGUGACUGUGAGAGUACCGCUGUUGCUAUGGCCGAGUCUCUGCGCGGUGGUUUGUCGCUUGGCUUGUCUGGAUUCAGUUUCUGGUCCGUCGACAUUGGUGGCUUUGAGGGCUCACCGCCGCCUUGGAUAUACAAGCGGUGGGUUGCUUUUGGCCUACUUUGCAGCCACAGUCGUUUGCAUGGCAGCAAUUCCUAUCGGGUACCCUGGACUAUUGAUGAUGACGACCGAUCUCCUGGUAGUGCCACCACGACACUUGCGCGCUGGACAGCACUCAAGAUCCGAUUGCUACCCUACAUCUUGGCCCAAAGUCACGAGUCGGUCGCCGUCGGUCUUCCUGUAAGCGUACGCGCCACUUGUAUUGAGUUUCCCGAUGACCCUACUGCCUGGACCCUCGACCGCCAAUUUUUUAUCGGUAACAGCCUCCUCGCGGCACCUAUUUUUGAGGAAGGUGGUGAGGUAGAAUUUUACCUACCGCGCGGCCGCUGGACGUCGUUCUUUACUAAUAAGGUCCGGAUUGGCCCUGGCUGGUUCCGUGAACGCCAUGGAUUUGGGUCCCUAGCUCUCUAUAUUCGUGAUAACACCAUUCUCGUCCUCGGUUCUACCAACACAGCAGGUCGCAGUGCCGUGUACGACUAUGCAAAUGAUUGUGAAGUUGUCACAUACGGGGCCAAGCCAGGUGCCCAAACAGCCGUUGUGGAUAUCGAUGGAAAGAUUUGCGGAUCACUGGAAGUGGACCAGGACGGAAACCUCGUUGGAACUAAUGUCUUGACUGGCAACUGGACACGUAGUCGAGAUAAACGGGUCUUGGAGGAUACUGUAACUGUAGAAGAGAUUAUCGAUCUUACGGUUUAG